UCCCACACCAUUCCCACACUCGUACUCGCUUGUGUCAGUCGUGAUCCUCAGAGCGCGUGUGAAGCUCUGCCGUGGAUUACCUCAUCGGAGGAGAAGGACUCUGGUCUCCCCCGCGUCUCUCCUUCCAUGAGGAGCAGGGCUCUGGUCUCCACCGCGUCCCUCCUCCUUCAUGAGGAGAAGGACUCUCGUCUCACCCGCUUCUCACCUUCUUCCAUGAGGAGUUGAAAUACUCUGGUCUCCAUCGCUCUUCACAGGCUGGCAGGAUCGCCCUCAACCCCCUCUGGUGGAGUUCCAUGGAAACGGAGAAUUGUGAAUAACGUUCAUCUAAAGACUAAAAUCAUCCGCAGCGACCACAAUAGACCGCCACCUUAAUCCUCCAUCUAAAACUCCAAGGAGGUCCGAGAUGAUUCACUACAGAAGGACCUCAUGAGCCCUCCCACCAUAGUGGAUGUUACCAGCGCAAACUCCAUUUAAAUCCAACUCAAAUUGAACCCAACCGGGCUCUUCACCCAAAUAACCCUUUAAAGAUGGCGAACGAGGCGUCCCACGCCCCCUACGCAGCCGCCGCCGCCCCCACCCCGUCCCUGUUCGCCCCCUCGCCCGGGUACCUCGUCCGGAUGUUCCGCGACUACCACAGCAAAUCCGUCAUCAUCGACCACUACAACUACACGGGCAAGCUGUUGGGCACGCGCAGCAAGGGACUUACGGUGGAGUCCAUCAUCAUCCUGCUGGUGUGCCUGCUCAUCGUGGUGGAGAACGCCGUGGUGCUGCUGGCCCUCUGGAAGAACAAGAAGUUCCACGUUCCCAUGUACUACCUCCUGGGGAACCUGACACUGUCUGACCUGCUGGCCGGCUUCACCUACAUGGUGAACAUCAUCACGUCGGGCGCCAACACCCUCAAAAUGACGCCCGUCCAGUGGUUCCUGCGAGAGGGCGGUGUCUUCAUCAUGCUGGCAGCGUCCGUCAUCAGCCUGCUGGCCAUCGCCAUCGAGCGGCACGUCACCAUGGUGAGGAUGAAGCCCUACCAGGGCGACAAGCAGGGCCGCAUGUUCGCGCUGAUCGGGGCCAGCUGGGUUCUCUCCGUGUUCCUGGGGGUCCUUCCCAUCCUGGGAUGGAACUGCCUGGACCGGCUGCACCAGGACCAAUGCUCCACCAUGCUGCCCCUCUACGCAAAGAGCUACAUCCUCUUCUGCAUCACCGUGUUCUCAGGCAUCCUGCUGUCCAUCGUGGUGCUCUACUUCCGCAUCUUCCGCAUCGUCAAGUCCAACACCCAGCGGAUGGGCCCGGGCCCCCAGCGCAAGGGCCUGGCGCGAAAGUCCCAGAAGUACAUGGCCCUGCUGAAGACGGUCACCAUCGUGCUGGGCGUCUUCAUCGCCUGCUGGCUGCCCCUUUUCGUUUUCCUGCUGAGCGACUUCUUCUGCGAGACCAAGAAGUGCCAGGUGCUGUACAAGGCGGACUACUUCCUGGGCAUCGCCAUGUUCAACUCCCUGCUCAACCCCAUCAUCUACACCCUGACCAGCAAGGACAUGCGCCGGGCCAUCCUGUGCCUGCUGUGCCGCCCAUGCCUGUUCACCGAGGACGGGCAGAUCAAGAAGUUCGGCAUGCCCUUCCUGGACUGCAGCACCAGUAAGACGGAAGGGGUGUCCCACAGAUUGGAGGGGCUGGAGACCACCGUCUCUUCGGGGAACUUCUCCCCCUCGUCCAUCAAGGCCAUCUACCCCAGGAUGUCCAAGACAUGAUCCGCCUGGUCAGUCUCGGAGAUCUUCUUUUGGAACGACCGCAGGAGCCUCUCUUGGGGCAGGUUCCUACCAGAGACCCAGGACUGUAGCUGAGCAACACUGGGGAAAGGACCGAUGGUUGUUCUGGGUUGUGGGCAUCACCCCAAGCCUUUGCAUUAACUCUAGAGACCUGGCUGAACCCGACAAACCAGAGUGCCAGUUUGUGUCUGAUACUUUCAGGCCAUCCGUAGCAGAGAAACCGUAAUGCAUUAAAAAGUAAUACUGUGAUCAAUCUGAACCAGAGACCCUUGCACACUGAUACACCAGCGACUGAGGGAGGAGGGCGGCAAUCCUGGUGCUUUGAUUACACGUAGACAAGACGUUUUUAGGCCUAAUUUGGCCGGAAUGCAGGCUGAAUGGCCAAAACGCCAGGCGCUUAUCUCUCUCUCUCUCUCUCUCCCCCCCCCCCCCCCCCC